AUGACUGUGUUGAGUCUUAAAUGGUGCAAUGGCAGUGUGAGGACGAGAGAAAGGAUUGUGGUUGUGAUGGUGGGCAUUUUUGUGGUGAUGGUGUUUAGGGUUAGGGUUUGGUUGACGGAAGAGGAAGACGAGGAUAAGGAACAAGAAGAAGAACCUGCAAUUAAACGG